UUCCUUUCAACAACAAAAUCAGUUUCAUGCUGACCCCCGGUCCUCUUUGACCAUGGAUCUUUUGCCGGUUUAUAUCAUUUUGGGAUCACUAUUUCUGGUUGGCAUCCUGGCCAUCACGGGGAUUCUCAUCGUCUAUUACGGCAAGCAUUACUUCAAACCCGAAAGCAAUGGCGUUGUUCAAUUCCAGUCUGAAUCCUCUCCUCAAAGAUUAGGCAAUAAUUUGCCCAAACCCUCAGGGAAUUAUGCAGUCUUGGAAGAUCACUUGGAUCUUAUUGACUCGCCGAUUUUGUCCGUGGGAGGAACGGCUCAUCAAAUUUCGGCCGCAGCUUAUAUUCGAAAACACGCCCCAGCAGCCCCCAUGGGAGUGACCCUGGAAUUUCAUCCGGAUGAUAACACCAUCCUUCAAGUGGAAGGCACUCACAAUACGAUCACGAAGAUCACCCGCAUCCGAAUCACUAUUGAGGAGCGACAACGCAAGCUUAAAUACUUUUCCAUUCAUAAGGGCCAAAUGGAUAACGCUCCAAUCAGUAUCUACGUGUUCCCCUUAACGGAUAACUGCUUCGAAAUGGUCAAAAAGGACAUAAUGGCCAAGGAUCAGGAGAUCGACCAACUAACUUCCCACCCUAGAUACGUGCGAUAUCUUGGAACUUGCUUCAAUGCCGUGAAAAAGGAAGCUUAUGUUAUUACGGAUUUUGUGGCAGGAGCUACAAUUCAAGAAAUUUGGAAAUCACCCGACAUCCGGCAAGCCAUGGAACUUUCCGAGGAGGAAAAGAUACAAGCAAGCAUGGAUCUAGCAGAUGCGGUCUAUUUCUUGCACGGUCACUCGACGCCAGUUGUUCAUGGACUAAUCAGUUUGGCCAGCGUUGUCAUCGACGGGGAGACUCAUCGCGCUAAAUUGAUGGCCUCAGCAUCGCUCAGACGAAUUCAUGAAAUCCUCGAGAAGAUUCAUCCCGAAGACGAUUUCACAGAUUUGGCUCUCAACUCCAACUUUAACUUACAAGAGCGCGCCCCCGAGACCGUGAAGUCAACCAAGGAGGCAGAUAUGAAGACCGACAUUUGGGCACUUGGAUGUACCAUCAUGGAGUUCAUUUUCGACCAAUACACGUGGGACUUUCAUAACCUUAACAAACAAUUCAAUGUCAAGGACUCGGGCAUGGCCUUGGACCAGGCUGUCGCACUGAAAUUAGAACCCUCUAUUGUGAUGACGGUCAGAUCUGCCAAUCCCAAGCUUCAGUUCCUGACUCAAUGCCUUCAAUACAAUUCCGUUGAACGCCCAUCGGCCACGUUUAUUACCACCGGUCUUCAGCAAUGCAUUCUCGAAAUUCAGCGUGAUAAUCGCGUAUCAAUCGCUCAAGCUUCAAGUUUUGUUUUUCCUGGUCGACGCAUCAUCAAUUCAGCGAGAACAAGGAAAUUUGAUCCACUCAUCCGACAACAAAUUGAGUGGAACGUGAAGCAGGAUGCCGGACGAAAAAAGCGAGCCAUUUUGUUUGGCAACCGCAAUUAUUUGGGGCGGGAUUUCAAGAGUCUGUCAGUCACACCCCUGAAUGACAUCAAGGACAUGACAACGAUGCUCUCUGUGGGGGGCUUUGGCCUGAGCAACAUUUACGAAAACAUCCCUUCACGUCAACAUCUUGAGGACAUCCUGAAAGCCUUCGUUGAAGCCAUCAAUAAGGAACCCGAGGAAAUUGAACUAUUGGUACUCUAUUUCUCCGGUUUGGGAGUACAGGGUCUACCCAAGAAAUUGGCCCAGAAGCGUCGAUUGGGUGUGUUCCUGGAUCGAGUGGGGAUUUCGCACGAUUUGGCCUUGGCCACGGGCAACGAGACAUUGUUCCCGGUGGCCAAACUUCAGACCAUUCUGUGCACUUUGAACGCCAAAGUCAAGAGGAAACUCGUCAUCUUGGAUAUCAGGAUCGCUGACAAUAGCAAGGGUCGAUCCAUGAGACGACAAAUGAGUCUGGACCCGUUUGCGACACAGAAUCAUUUCGACGGAGGAACUUUCGGGAUGGAGGACCAAGUCAUUACCGAGAGUGACUUUGAUUGGGACGUUCCCAUCAUUGGCGAGGAGUCGAUCGAUAAGCUUCCCACCAUGUUCACCAUCUAUCCAAGUAUUGAUGAGUAUGGGUCCGUGGCAGUGGCUGAUAGUCACCCUCGACGAACGAAUGGGUUCCUGACGGGAUGUCUCAUCAACGUGUUGAAGGACUACGCCAGACUCUCAAUUGAAGAUUUGCCUAGGAUCUUGAAUGACGAGAUGGCGGAUGAAGGGGAUAAAUCCAAGAUUUUCCGAGGCAUUCAAUGCCAGGCCGACUUCAUCCCUGUGAGUGGCGAUAUUUGGUCUCUUCCAUUCAUUACCAAACAUUGAGGAAAAGAGGACGAAUCAUACAUAAUUAGUCAUCCGCCCGAUUACUGAAUCAAUUUCUACGCCGGUUUGAUGUGAUAACGGACCCACGGCUGUUUGAGAGCUCUUGCUUGCGAGCCCUACUCAAUUGUGCAAAUACGGCAAGAUAAGAUAAAGAACUCUCUCGCCCUGAAUCCGGCUCUCUCUCGCUUUUCUC